GACAAGGUGUCAGGAGGACCCAUGAACUUCCAGGAUCUGCUUAAUGAGGUCGAGGAUGCGAUGAAAAGUCCUCGAUCUGGGGGCGGUGGGACAGGCGGCCACACAGUAGGAGUGAAGUACGCCAAUGAUGAAGAAAGCUUCCCAAUAAUUGCUCUACCUUCAAGCAAAGGCCGAGGCAAAAAUGAUCUCGACGAUCUUUUAGACAUGUUGGGCGACGAAGACAGCAAACCAACUGCCGUGCACCCGAGACCGAAGUCAUCGUCGAGAGCAGGUGCAUACAAUUCACCCGACUCGAAGAUCUCAAGAACCGAAUGCCCCCAAGUGCUGCUGGAUGGUGGACACGCCAGUCGUGGCUUAAGUACCGCAUUCUCAUCACGGCAUGCCUAUUCAUUCUCCUCAUGUUCUAAUCUCCGCUGCAACGAGUGCGAUUUCACAGUGGUGCAGUUCCCUGGCAAGAAAUGGGAUGCCAGUGUCGACUACAUGUUCUUCCGCGAGAAUGUGCCUAGCGAGGCGAAACUUCGAGUGAAAAUGGAAAUCGCGCCAGAUUUUACUGCGUACGCAUGUCAGUGCAAAUGGCUCUCGAUCUGCUCGCAGACUCGAAUGGACAACUGCCAAGUGAAAUGGUCUUGUGCUGGGCAUUGA